AAAAUUCCCAGUUAUGAUGUGAAAUACUUAUACUACUUAAGAUGUUAACUGUUUGAAAGACGAAAGUGCGACUUCCUUUUUACAACAUCCUUUUAAUAUUAGUGUUUGUGAACAGUAGGUGGCACUUAUUAAACCAAUCGAAUGGAGGAGUUCACUUCUGUGAGAUAAACAAACACCGGCCUCCGUGCGCUUGGUUGAAUUAUCGCCCAAAAGAUUACACUUCAUUUAAAAUAUCGCACCAAAGACAAAUUUCCAUUCCGCGCGUGCUGAAUGACAGACAGCGAGUUUCAGAGCGGCGGGUAUUUCUUAGGAGUGUGUAGCUAAGACGCGGAAAAACACCGGAUUAUAAAUGUGUUAUCACUGUAUCACAAUGGAGAGGAUAAACACUGGCUCUGACAAGUAACAUAGCACAGCACUGGUGGCAAAUUUACCCAGCAACUGUGAAGAAAGUCAUGUUUCAAUUUAAUAUAAAAGCACCAACACCGAUAAACAGACGCAGCCGGCGAGGAAGAGAAUUGGCAAAGAUCAUUAGCAUAGACGCUGUAUGCUGAAAUUGACUUCAAGCGAUAACUGAGAGAAAAUGACGGCCAAUGGAAAGAUAAAUAAGAACAGAGUGAUUCCAGUUCAGCUAACGACGGAAGAAGACGGCGUUAUUGAGGAAAACAAGGGUGCGCAAGCAUUAGCUUCUACGUCGGUGAAUUCUGAGGAGAAGGAAAGCCCCAGCAUACAGAAAAAAAUACGCAUAGUUUCUCCGCUAAAAGCCGUAGGGCAGGCGAAGGUGAACGUGUCAAAAUGGAAGAAGUAUGCUAGGAGAAGGGCCGAUAUUUUAGCGUGGCGCGAUUAUCAGAAAGCGCGGAUCGAUUUCCCGACCAUCCGUGAAAGCAUGAGACAGAACCAUCACCGCAUGAAUGCGGCGCAACUGAGCGACUUAGAAGAACUAGUGGAGAUAACUUCAGUGCAGGAAAAACACAGAAAAGAUGGCGGAGUCAGUACGGUAAGUUCGCCCAGCAGAGCUUUGUUGUAUUAUUUUGCUAAGCUGGCCGCAUCAACCCGCGAAGAGGAAGUGAUUGACUUGGAGUUCGUGGAGACGCUUAUUGAGAACGGCGCUUGCGUUAACACGGCGGAUCGCCACGGACAGACACUCAUGCACGAGGCAGCCAGGCAGUGGGAUACGUCGGUUGCUAAGCUGUUACUUGAACGAGGGGCUUCUGUUAAUCAGCCUGACAAAUAUGGUCGCACCCCGCUGCACGUGGCGGCCGCAGUGGACUAUCCAGAGAUGGUGCAGUUCCUGGUGCAGAGAGGGGCAGACCUGCACGCCAAGACAGGUAAAGAGUUGCAAACACCUGUACACUUCGCUGCACGAAACGAUGCAACGUCCUCGUUGAAAAUGCUGAUGAAAUGUGGUGCUGACAUUACAGACAAGGAUUUCAAACAGAGAACGCCUCUACAGGUUGCUGCGGAAUUGGAUCGUUCUGAGACUGCGGGGUUUCUGAUUGAUCGUUCAGCGGAAGCUGGUGUGGCUGACGACAGUGGAAUGACAGCUCUUGUUAUGAUGAUCAGCAAGAUGCCAAGUGUGGCCAAAGAAGCACUAAACCAGUUUUACUCCACUGACCGAGCAAACAGAAAACAAUACUUCCACUUAAACUACCUUGAGCCCCCAGUGCCGACCUGCAUGAGCAGCGGAUGCGCCAAGACAGCACUGGAGGUCAUUGUACAACUCAAGCAGUUCGAUUUAAUUAUGCAUCCAGUGAUACAGAGACUCAUCGCUGUCAAGUGGAAUUAUUUUGGGAAGCGAGGAGCCUGGAUCCAAGUCUUAACAAACCUGUUUUUCGUGAUAGUCUGGACUGUGCUAGGAAUCACUUUACCAAAUAACGCAGAAGAACUUUUUGAUCCAAUCGAGAAGAAAUGGUGGAGACUGGUGCUGAGCAUCAUAGCGGUUUUGAUGACGCUUAAUGCUAUCAGACAGGAAGUCAUGGAAUACUUCUCAUCCAAAAGAGAACACAGGCUUUGGUUAAAAUGGCGGGAAGAACAACUGAGGAGCGAUCUGGAGUUCUGUCAUCCGAGAUGGCCUGGGGAGAGGUUGUACCUGAUGCAGGAAAUUGACUUGUUACAGCAUCAAGAACCUUCUUAUCUGAAAGACGCCUGGAACUUUGUCGACUGGCUGGCUUAUUUCAUGAUUCUUGCGUCCAUAGCAACGAAGUUGAUAGCCUAUUUCCAUGGCGACCCACUGGCAAUGAUCACACAUGUGAAUGUUCUAUCUGCAACACUAGUGGUGCUCUGGAUUCGUCUCAUGAAGUAUGCGCGCGCAUUUACCGCCCUGGGUCCCUUUGUAGUCAUGCUCGGUCAUGUGAUCUACGAUGUGCUCAAGUUCGGAUUUCUGUUCUUUACAUUUUACAUUCCGUACGCGGCGUCAUUUUGGAUGGUGUUUAGUAGACAUGAGGUCGAAGGUUACUCCUCCAUUACUGACCUACUCUUCAGCAUGUUUAGGAUGACUGUUGUGGACGAGUAUAAUUAUGAUGGGCUCUCAAAAGCAAAGCCCAUCAUGGCUAAAGUACUUUGUGGUACGUACAUUGCUUUCUCAGGUGUGAUUUGCCUGAAUCUGUUCAUCGCUUUGAUGUCUGACACCUUUCAAAGGGUUUACGACAAUGUCAAGGCUAAUGCCGUCAUGCAGCAAGCCAGCACCAUCCUGACUUUGGAGAAAAAUCUGUCCGCUUCGAAACGGCGCGCGUUCACGAAUUACAUCUACACAAGGUGCAGCCCAGAGGAACUCUACUACGAUGAUGAUUCGUCGGAGGGGGAGGAGAGAGAUCUGCAAAGAAUGACGCAUCAAAUAAAAGAGCAAGUUGAUCACAUUUCUGCGCACAUAAGUGAACAAGAGAACGAGAGGAAAAGGAAAGGAAAUGCUUCAACUAACGAUAUACACAAACUGCGUGAAGAUUUGAAGAAAUUGGAACAACAACAAAGAGCCUUAACAGCGCAGUUUCACAAUCAGAUAGGGGAAGUCAAAGACAUGUUGGGUGAUGUUAUUCAUACUCUAGGCAAACGAAAAAAGAAGAAACAUUGAAAAACACUUUUUAUCGCCAUGGAACUACGAGACAAUUGUUACUCAUUGCAUGGGAAAUCCCAAUGGUACUCUUGAUAAGCUUGAAGGCUCAAAGCUGACCAGUCUCAAGAGAUGGAUUAUUUUAAGACCGGGCUGUUGGAACAGUUAAUUAAGACUUCAUUUGUGCUCUGAAUUCAACUCGAACAUUUUCCAUAGCAACAUAGCGUGGCUCUCAUGAGUCAAUGAUAAAGCGUCCAGGAAACGAAAGGUCAUGCCUUUCAGUCCAUUAAGAAGAUCUCAGAAUCCUUCUUCCGAGCAGCUUCUGUCAUUGACUAACAUUGGUGUUAUCAUAUUGCGAUUUUAAACGCCCUAUCAUAAAAAAACAAUGGACUAAGAGAAAGGAGCCUUGAGGUAGUGUAUGGAAAAGUACUUUCUCCCGCCUCGCUCGUGCCAUGACUUCGUGAGCCGGAAGCAGUCUUUCCUCGCGAGUAUUGCUAACAAUUUUGCUCACGGAGUUUUAUUUCCGUUUUUAUUUCUUGGAAAAUAGUCGCUGAAUUAGUCAUCGAAGUGGCAAAUAAGCGUACGAUAUAUUCGUGAAAGUAUAGAGACAAUCGACUGGUUUAAGAAAUAUUUAUUAUGCAUUGCAACAUGAUAGUCAACGUCAACGAUUGCGAUCAUUUACAAAAAAUAAUCCUUGAAAUGGUUUCUUAGAUUUUAGCAAUUAUUUAAUGCUUUAGCUGUAAACAGAGAUAAAAACUCUGAAAUAAGACCAUCAAAUUGUUUCGUAUCAAGUGUUAGUCAGGCCUGCUUCGCGCUGGCGAACACAUGAUUGUUUUGAAUUGGUUUUGACUAUAUUGCAUUUUGAUUGCAUAAGAAUAUGCCUCAUACGAACCUCUAUAUUUGAUGGCAGAUUCCUUCAGAGGGUCUUUCUCGUCGCCAGCUUAAUAAAACGGAUCUUUACUUAUACUCAUGCUGUUACCCACCAGUUAUAUUGAAAUAAAAUAAUCUGAUUAUUUUA